CUUUGCUCUCCCCGGAGCUCCUGCCGCUGCCCGGCAUGGCUCCCGGGGGCCGGGGGCUGGCUCUCCUGCUGUGCUGCUGGGUGCUGGGCAGCGGCCGCGCUCCGCGGGCAUUUGGAAAGGAUGAAAACAUGGUGCAGCUGCCUGGGGGCAAGUUUCAGAUGGGAUCCAGUUCCCUGGAGAAGAGGAAUGAAGAGGGGCCCGUCAGGGAGGUGACGGUGAAGCCAUUUGCUAUCGACAAAUAUCCCGUCACAAACAGGGAUUUCAGGGAGUUUGUUAGAGAAAAGAAAUACAAAACAGAAGCAGAAGCAUUUGGCUGGAGCUUUGUCUUUGAGGAUUUCUUAUCCGAAGAGCUGAAAAAAAAAGUCACCCAAAAACUGGAGUCUGCCCCUUGGUGGCUGCCCAUCGAGAAGGCUUUUUGGCGACAGCCCUCAGGUCCUGGCUCCAGCAUAAAGGACAGGCUGGAUUACCCAGUGCUGCACGUGAGCUGGAACGACGCGCAGGCAUUCUGCGCCUGGAAAGGGAAGAGGCUCCCGGUGGAGGAGGAGUGGGAAUUUGCUGCCAGGGGAGGACUAGAGCAAAGGGUGUAUCCCUGGGGAAACAAGUUUCAGCCAAACCGUACAAAUCUGUGGCAGGGCGAUUUCCCGAGGGGUGACACGGCUGAAGACGGUUAUCACGGCGUCUCGCCGGUGGCAGCGUUCCCUCCUCAGAACAACUAUGGGCUCUACGACCUGCUGGGAAACACCUGGGAGUGGACCGCGUCGGAGUACCUGACUCCGGGGCUCUCAUCGAGGCAGCGCGCUCAGAACAUGCAGGUCCUGAGAGGUGCCUCGUGGAUUGACACUGCAGAUGGGUCUGCAAAUCAUAAAGCUCGUGUUACUACCAGAAUGGGGAACACGCCGGACUCAGCCUCUGACAACCUCAGCUUCCGCUGUGCUGCUGACGUCCCGCCCAUCAUGGCCAAGAAAAGCCGGACCAAACCUGAGCUCUGAAGAGGUCGUUCAGGAAGACCUGAAGGCAUUUUCUCCUGUGGAGACGAACAGUAACCCCCAGCAGUCACUUUCAUCAGGACAGUUUUAAAAAUUAAAAUGAAAUACU